GCAACGAGAGCUACAUAAAAGGCAGAAACACUGCCCACCGGCCGCCAGUGAAUCAAAAGCGCACAAUGAAGCUCACCGCCGUCUCCACUCUGCUGCUGCUCGGAGCCGCGCUCGAACCCCUCUCAGUUUUAGGACUGUCGUUCCCAGAUGUUUGCAGUCCUUCAAGCUGUUUAAGAGCACCCUCUAAAUGCGCUUAUGGAAAAGUGAAAGAUGCCUGCAACUGCUGCGAUUUCUGCGGAAACGGUCCAGGUGAGCACUGCGGUGGAGAAUUCAAUAUUUUAGGAAUGUGCGGAAAGGGCAUGGAGUGCGUUUCCAACAACGUAAACGAGCCCACCACAUUUCCCGAAGGAUUGUGCGUGUGGAAAAUGAGAACUGCGUUCCAGCCAGGCAAGAAGCAGCAGCAGCAGCCGGCCAAAUUGCAAACGCCACCGCCAGGACUAAAAUUUGUGCCCCAGAAGCAGCAAUGGCUUAGAAGCAAGGCGUGGAGGAAAUUCAGUGCCAAUCAGCCGCAAAGAGAAGGAAAGGUAGCCAAGAAGGGUCAACAGACAUCCUUCAAUUGAACACGCAAAGCUGUAUAUUCGUAUACUGAUCAUUUCCAUCGUCGAUUUAACUUUGUUCCUAAUAAUGGCUAUACACACAUCCUCAUUCCCAACUUAACUUAAGAAUAGAAUAAACGUGUAAAAUACCAGAAA